AUGUCUGGUAAGCACUUUAAGUUGGGGCAGAGGGUGCUAGUUACUGGAAAGAAUGUGAAAGGAGCUAUCGCCUAUGUUGGUUGUCCAACAUUUGCAACUGGCAAUUGGGUCGGUAUUAUACUAGAUGAGCCCAAAGGGAAGAACAAUGGUACAGUACGCGGCCACGCAUAUUUCCAGUGUGACGAAAAUUGUGGUAUGUUUGUUCGUCCGAGUCAGCUUCAAAUAUUGGAUGUAGAUGAUAAUCCAAUGGAGACCUCCAUGACAACGUCCAGUGAGGACACAAAGACAUCUAUACCAAAUCGGCGGCUGAGCAGUGUAACAGUUGCGCAGAGGUCUAGGCCGACUACGUAA